AGAGAACCAAGUGUAAACCCUAACCCCGACAGAGAUUUCGAUCUCUCAUGUCGCCUAGAACCGGAAAACCAGUGGGCAGCAUAAAAGUCAAAGUCCCUCGGCACAAUGCCCAUCGAAUAGGAGAAAAACUAAAUGUGCACAUAAAGAACGUCGCUAAAAGCCAGGGAAACCGUGUGGAUAUCUAUCAACCCAACUUCGAGGGUUCCAGCAACGCUUUAGCUCUUGCCAUCGAAAGCGCAUCCGAAUGGAAUUCUUUGCUUCAAACCGCACGUGCAGAACGGGGACCUCAAUGGGAUGUCGGAACCCAACAGUUCCUAGUAGACGUAGGCUCUGACCUGUACUAUGAUCCAAGCCCUCUUCUAGAAUACCAAAAGCAACAACGGGCAGAAGAAGAAGCCGCAGCCGCAGCGUCUGGACGUGGUUCAAUGCAGCCACCAGAAUAUCUCCCUGGCGCGCAUGACAAUCACCCCUCCCCUCGCAUGAUGCGAAGCCAUUCUUCCAACUACCAGCAGUAUGGCCAUGGUGCUCCUAUGUCACCCAAUGUGGCCCAUGCCUCACCGAGACAUCCUGGUCAGAUGGGCGGGUUUUCCGGUGCGUUCAAUGCUAUACCCCCUAGCCAGUUUUAUGGGCCAGGCGAGACUGCCUCUCCGGCAAGGAUGGGGCUGAAUCGAGAAGGGAUGAGUAUGUCGCCUGAUAUCAGGCGGAGAGUGACUAGAGGUAUGGUAGAAGACGGGUAUAUGGGGCUACAUGGACCUUGAGGCUUUGACGUUUGUUUACUUUCCGUAUGUAAUCCGUGCAAUAUAUUCCCGCUU